AUGGCCCCACUCGUUGUUCCUGAUGUGAUAGCCUCGCUGAAUACGCGCCUCACAUGGGGUGUGGUGCUCUUCGUGGCGCUUAUUGCCCGUGUCGUGUACAGACGUUACUGCACGUCGAUCCGGGAUGUUCCCGGUCCAUUCUGGGGGUCUUUCUCUAGUCUUUGGGUGGUCGCUCAACUAUACAAAGGCCAUCUUGAAGAUGCGACCCUCAAGUUACAUGAAAAGCAUGGACACUUCGUUCGAAUCAGAGAAAAUGAAGUUAGCGUAUCACACCCGGAUGCAGUGAGACAGCUCCUGCACGCGAACAUCACAAAGGGCCCAUGGUAUGCCAUUUUCAGUCUUCCAGACUAUCACUAUGUCAAUCAGAUGUCUGAGCUGGAUCAUCGACGACACAUCGAGAAAAAUCGCAACAUCGCAUCGGGAUACGCCCUUUCCAACAUCAUCAAGUCCGAGCCGGACGUCGAUGCCGUCCUGGAGCUUUUCACCGAUGCCAUGGACGAAGCUGCCAAGACUGGCAAGCCAUUCAAAUUCGAGACGUGGUUCACUUACUAUUCAUUCGAUGUCCUCGGUGAGGUUACGUUCUCUAAAUCAUUUGGCUUCGUCGAGACCGGCACGGACAUUGGGAAUGCCAUCUCCAAUACCCGGGCCCUCGCUCUGUACAUUGCCGUUAUGGGCCACUAUAUCUGGUUCCACAAUCUCACCUUGGGUAACCCGCUCCUCAGUCGUCUGGGCAUUCAGCCUUCCUCGCACAUCUUCGAUACCUGUCUUGCGGCUAUCAAGGUGCGCAAAGAGAACCCUAAAGUGCGCAAGGACAUGAUGCAGCAGUGGCUUGACACUCGUGCUAAAUACCCGGAUCGCAUGGCGGAGAGCGAGAUCUUCGGCGCUGCUGUGGCUAAUGUCGGUGCUGGUGCAGACACUGUCAGCUCGACCAUGCAGGCUCUUACCUACUGUCUCAUUCGCAGCCCCGAGCACCUGCAGCGCCUCCGCGAGGAGAUCGAUGCUGCUCAGGCUGCUGGGGAGCUUUCCCCUAUUGUUCAAUAUAACGAAGCACAAAAGUUGCCUUUCCUCCAAGCUUGUAUGAAAGAGAUCUACCGUCUUCACAGUGCGGUCCCCAGUCCGCUUCCACGCGUUGUGCCAAAAGGUGGAAUGACCAUUGGAGAUAGAUACUUCGAAGAAGGCGUCAUCCUGAGCGUCAACCCUUGGGUCUAUCACCGGAACCCAGCACUGUUUGGCGAAGACUGCAACACCUUCAACCCUGACCGCUGGCUUACGGGUGAGACGAGCAAUAUGGAUUCCUUCCUCAUUCACUGGGGAGCAGGAUACAACCAGUGCCCCGGUCGCAACCUUGCUCAUUUCGAGAUCACCAAGCUUAUUACCACUAUGGUCCGAGACUUUGAAUUCGAGCUUACGGAUCCCAAGAAAGAAUGGGAGUGGACGAAUCACUUCACUGUUAUGCAGUGGGGGUGGCCCUGCAAUAUUCGCCGUCGUACCCGCGUAUGA